CCAAAUUUAGAAAAUAAAACUUAGAAGUAGAACAAGACAAGUAGUUAUAAACAAAAUAUUAUGUAUUCAAAAUUGUAAAUUAGGUUACUUUAUGAAAAGAAUAAAUAGAAAUUUAUUUAAAAUGGCAACAGCUGCAAAGAAAAUAAAACUAUCUGCACCUACGAGUAGCAAGGAAAAAAAACUUGAGAGUAACCUAGGUGAUUUCAUUACAAGCAUCCAAAAAAAGCGGGAAGAAACUGCAGAUUCAAUACUGAACUUCAAGUUUAAUAAGAAACGCGUAAGAAUAAUUUCGCAGGAGCAAUUAGUUGCUGAUCAAUGCGAAGGUAUCAUAUAUUGGAUGUCCAGAGAUAGUCGAGUUCAAGAUAAUUGGGCGUUUCUAUUCGCACAGAAGUUAGCUUUAAAAAAUGAAGUACCACUACAUGUGUGUUUCUGCCUAAUUGCUAAAUAUCUAGAUGCCUCUGUAAGGCAAUUUCAUUUUUUAAUAAAAGGCUUAGAGAAAGUUGCUGAAGAGUGUAAUCAGCUAAAUAUAUCGUUUCAUUUGCUGGAAGGCAGUGGUGCGGAUGCUUUACCUCAGUGGGUUGUUGAUCACAAAAUUGGGGCAGUGGUGUGUGACUUCAAUCCUUUACGGGUCCCCAUGAGCUGGCUUGAAGGUGUUAAAAAGAAACUAAAGAAAGAUGUUCCAUUGAUACAGGUAGACGCCCACAAUGUUGUACCUUGCUGGGAGGCAUCAGAUAAACAGGAGUACUCCGCUAGGACUAUAAGAGGCAAAAUUAAUUCAAAACUCGAUGAAUUUCUCACGGAAUUCCCUCCAGUUAUUAAACAUCCAUAUAAAAGCAAGUUUGAGCCAGAGCCUAUAGAUUGGGAAGAUGCCAUUGAAUCUCGAGAGGCAGAUAAAUCAGUUGCUCCUAUUGAAUGGGCUGGUCCGGGGUACCUUGAAGCUAUGAAAACACUUAAAAGCUUCCUUGACACAAGACUGAAGAUAUUUGCGUCCAAGAGAAAUGAUCCAACACAAAAUGCACUGAGUAACUUAUCACCAUGGUUUCACUUUGGACAGAUAUCUGUGCAGAGAGUAGCGCUAUGUGUCCAGGAAUUUAAGUCCAAAUACACGGAAAGUGUAAAUGCAUACCUGGAGGAGGCUAUCGUGCGGAGGGAACUCGCCGAUAACUUCUGCUUCUACUGUAAACAUUACGACAGUGUUAAGGGUGCGAGCAACUGGGCACAGAAGACUCUGGAUGAUCACAGGAAGGACAAAAGAACCCACAUAUACACACUAGAGCAGCUGUGCAAGGCGGAGACUCACGACGAUCUGUGGAACUCUGCCCAAAUACAACUGGUGAAGGAGGGCAAGAUGCACGGUUUUCUGCGGAUGUACUGGUGCAAGAAGGUACUGGAGUGGACUCCUAGCCCGGAAGACGCUCUCAAGUACGCCAUAUACAUGAACGAUCACUACAGUGUGGACGGUCGUGACCCCAGCGGGUAUACUGGAUGCAUGUGGUCUAUCUGCGGCGUGCACGACCAGGGCUGGGCGGAGCGCAGCGUCUUUGGCAAGGUGCGCUUCAUGAACUACGACGGCUGCAAGCGGAAGUUUGACAUCAAGGCGUUCAUAGCGCGAUACGGCGGCAAAGCGCACAAGUACGUACCCGCCAAGUAAACAAACGUACUUGCACCGGGCUGUUUGACUUUAACAUGACAAUUUUAUAUAAAUAGUAAGGCCAACAAGAUGAGAUAAAGAAUGUAAACAAAGAUUCAGGUGUUCAAAACAUUUUCAUCUUUAAAUAAAGAUGAAAAUGUUUUGAAAAAAUGAAAUUGUACAUAAAUAUGUACAAUUUUUAAACAAUGUAAUUUAUAUCGCAUUCGUCCUUGAUGUAUGUAUUUUUUAGUAAUUUAGCUAUGUAGAAUUGAUGUUUAAGGUUUAUUAUAGAGAUUCUAAGUACAAAGUGACGGAUUGAAUAAUUCUACCGUUAUCAUAAUACAUAAUACUGACACGCUUACAAAAUUUCAGACAAAUGGGUUGUGUGGAUGAGGUCAUCUCCUUAAGACGCAUCACAUGAUAAUCCUGGUUUAAAACCAGAACUCUGCGCAUUCUUAUAGUUGGAGAAGGCCUGUGGCAUGUUUUGUAUAAUAGAUCUAACAGAGAGUGAAUAUGACAAUAUUAAAAUGUCUCUUGUUCGCCGAUGAUCAUGUCAUAUUUUGUCAUCUUAGGUAGGGAAACGCCAGAAGAUGGUUACGGUUUCUCAUGAGUCUUUAGAGAAAGAAAGCAUGAAAAUCUACACAAUCUGUUAUUUUUUUUAAAGUGAUAACCCUCACAAAUCCUCACCCUCAAAUUUAUAAACAACAUUUAUAUACGAUGCGGUACAGGAACCCGUGGCCUCUCGCGUUCCGUGCGAGUCUCUUCCACUGGUCCAACCGUUCGAGUGACGUAUCGUUGAUAAAUCUUGUAUAUGUCUUUUUCAACGUUAGAGCUUCAUCUACAGGAUCUACUUUACAGUUGAUAACCUGCUGAACCCUCAAUAUUUGCAUAUUAGAAGAUUCACUUGAGAUGUCGCUCUUGCAAAUGUAAAUGGGAUUAAUUACACACUGAGAGUUGAACAAGACAAAUACAAGAUUUAUCAACGAUACGUCACUCGAACGGUUGGCUCAGUGUAGAAGCACUCGCGCGGAACGCUAGAGGCCGCGGGUUCGAGUCCCGAGUCGUUGAUAUAUUUUGUUUAUAAAUUUUAUUUGUGUAAUGGUAUUAAAGUUAAAGUGAGUAAGACAAAACUAAAUGAUAUUUGAGAGAGAUGAAUGUAUGGUGAGAUAAUCGCACAAGUGUAUAUUUAUUUUGAUACUGUAAGCCUAUAAGGGUUAUAAAGAGAGUGAAACUAGGUAACCAAGUAAACAUGGUGUUGCACGCGUAAAACUGGGUCUGCUGUGUCAAAUUUUUUCUCACAAACUAUAUUAGCAAAACAGUCCGUCCGCUGCACCUGUUUUUGUGUAUGUAUUUGUUUCAUUUCAAAAAUGAGUUCCGACGUAGUGCAUCCAGCUUUUGUAUUUAUUUUUAUGAUCUACUAAUGUAACAUCCCAAAAAACCGGUUUUUAUUUUAUCAGUAAAAAACAAAGUAUUUUCCUUAUCCAUUCCAUCACAAUCAAACCAAAUAGAAUUAUCGCUAGCUACUAAUGAUAGAUACGUCUUCAUUCAUUGAACAAAAACAAAUUAUGCGUUAAUUUCCCUCCCCGCAGGCGAACGCGGGUGUUGUUAUCCAUUUCUCGCGGUAAACAUGUUAAGGUGAUUUAUUUAACAAAACUGUUAAGCCACGCCCCUAAUCUGUUUAUAAAACAUGUUUUUCUGUUAACAAACAUGAAAACACGACACAGGAGACGCGGUUUUAUACGAAAUCAGACUGUUUCCAACAACGUCUAGCUGUUAUUCGGGGUGAUUGUUUACUAUGUGUUGUAGUAAAUAUUGGUGGUGAUAGAACAAAAUUACGUCAAUUUUCUUCGUGUUAACGCUUGCAUUAAUACGCAUUGAAGCAGUAGUAUUGCCGCUGUGUUACUGAUAGGUAUGUACUUAGGUGAUAGUUAUAUGAAACGCGUGCGAACAGAGUGAACGUGGUUUAUUGACUCAAGUUCGUACUCGGUAUAGAGCAGUGGACAGUGGUAGCAACUUUGUAACCAACUUAACAACAUACACGUAAGGUGGCUUACCUAGCCGUCAACCUGUCCAAUGAAGCCUCUUCAUCAGCCGGAAGACGUCCACUGCUGGACAAUGGCCUUGCCCAAAGAUCUCCAAGACGAUCGUUCCUGCGCUGCCCUCAUAGAACGUAUUCCGGUCGGUCCAUCUUCCGGUAAGUGGUCGCCGUUCGAAGACUUUUCUGCCCCAACAGCCAUCUGACCGUCGACCUAUGUGUCCUGCCCUCUGCCACUUGAGUUUCGGAAUCAUUUGGGCUAUGUCGGUGACUUUGGUUCUCUUACAUACCCCCUCCAUCCAUUGCCCUGUGAGCUACCAUGAGCUAUCUCAUCAGGCCCAUUGUUAGCGACCACGUCUGCGUAUCGUAAUUCACAGGCAACACUGGUUCAAAACCUUCUUGAAAAUGCCUCCCACUGUAGUCCAUUGAAAUGUUACAAUUUAAGGACCUAAUAUUGCAGUAUUUGCCGUCUUCAUCAAUAUGAUGUGUGGCUUAUAAAAAAAAGAAUAAAAAAAAAAAUGCAUUUCUUAGAGGAUUUUAUUAUUGGAACAUGUGUGGGGGUCAAUAGAAGCUUAACCCCAAGUCUGUGGGGUUUCUGCCCUUGUGCCCCGGCGGCCAUCUUGGAAAAAAGGGGGCAAACACCUUUUUCGUUAUAUCUCGGAAACUAUGCGUCCUCCAAAAAAUGUAAAGCUCAUGUAACAUUUCAAUAAACUAUUGGUUAAAUAGCAUAAUUUAUCAAAUCUCGCAUAAAUUCAGGUGAACUCUGUCGAAGUACAAAUAGUUUGUACCUAAUUCUCUUAAAAAUGUCUCAGCCCAUCGACCCAAUAAUAGCUACAUUAUGUUCUCUGUAUUUUAUAUUAUUAGAUGUUUUAACCCAGAGCACUGUUAAAUAGUUAUACGAUUUAAUACAUAAGUUAUUGCAAUUAUUAGAUAUUUGUAAUUGUAUGACAAUCUUUUCGAAUCGAAUUAAUCUUAUUAUGAGGGAUAAUUAAUUAAGUUAAUACUGUUUUAAGAUUGUAAAUAAAGUACUUUUUUGAUUGUUGAAUAAAGAGAGCACUACUUAUUAA